AUGAAGCAGGAGUCAGGAAGCAGGAGUCAGGAAGCAGGAGUCAGGAAGCAGGAGUCAGGAAGCAGGAGUCAGGAAGCAGGAGUCAGGAAGCAGGAGUCAGGAAGCAGGAGUCAGGAAGCAGGUGUCAGGAAGAAGGAAGCAGGAGUCAGGAAGCAGGAAGCAGGAGUCAGGAAGCAGGAAGCAGGAGUCAGGAAGCAGGUGUCAGGAAGAAGGAGUCAGGAAGCAGGUGUCAGGAAGAAGGAAGCAGGAGUCAGGAAGCAGGAGUCAGGAAGAAGGAGUCAGGAAGCAGGAAGUGCGUCCCAAAUAGAAACCUGUUCCAUAUAUAGCACAUUACAAGGUAGCCCAGUGCCAUCAGACAAUGCCAUCAGGCCGGAAGAGGAGACGUUUGGGGUGUCGAUAGCAGUAGGUCUGGCUGGUUUCACCAGUGUUCUCCUCAUCGUCCUCUUCAUUCUCAUCAACAAAUAUGGCCGACGCAACAAGUUUGGAUUGAAGGGGCCAGUGGCGGCGAUCAGUGGUGAGGAAGACUCUGCCAGUCCUCUUCAUCACGUCAACCAUGGCAUCAUCACACCCUGUACCCUCAACGGCGAGGCUGACGAGGUGGUUAUAGGAAUGACCCAUAUACCUGUUAUAGAGAAACCACAGUACUUCAGACACGGACACGACUGCAACACACCCACCACCUACCUUCAGCACAUUAAGCGCAGGGACAUCCUCCUGAAGAGGGAGCUGGGAGAGGGGGCGUUCGGAAAGGUCUUCCUGGCUGAGUGCUACAACCUGAUCCCCACCAAGGAUACCAUGCUGGUGGCUGUCAAGAGCCUGAAGGACCCCAACCGGUCAGCCAGAAAAGACUUCCAGAGAGAAGCUGAGCUGCUCACGAACCUCCAGCACGACCACAUUGUUAAGUUCUAUGGGGUCUGUGUGGAUGGGGAUCCCCUCAUCAUGGUGUUUGAGUACAUGAAGCAUGGGGACCUCAACAAGUUCCUCAGAGUCCAUGGUCCAGAUGCUAUGAUCCUUGUGGAUGGCCAUCCCGUUCAAACUGACGGAGAGCUGGGUCUGUCCCAGAUGUUACACAUUGCUACCCAGAUCUCAGCCGGCAUUGUGUACCUGGCCUCCCAGCACUUUGUCCACAGAGACCUGGCCACCAGGAACUGUCUCGUGGGCAACGGGCUGUUGGUGAAGAUAGGAGACUUCGGGAUGUCCAGAGACAUCUACAGCACAGACUACUACAGGGUCGGAGGUCACACCAUGUUGCCGAUCCGAUGGAUGCCCCCUGAGAGCAUCAUGUACAGAAAGUUCACAACAGAAAGUGACGUUUGGAGCUUUGGAGUCAUCCUCUGGGAGAUCUUCACCUACGGGAAGCAGCCAUGGUUUCAGCUGGCCAACAACGAGGUCAUAGAGUGUUUAGUACAGGGUCAGGUCCUGGACAGGCCGAGGGUUUGUCCCAAGGAGGUGUAUGACCUGAUGCUGGGCUGCUGGCAGAGGGAACCACAGCAGAGGCUGAACAUCAAGGACAUUCAGAAGGCUCUCUAUACCAUGGGGAAAGACACACCUGUCUACCUGGAUAUACUCGGCUAGCACCAGUUCUACCUGGACGGAGUAGGGAGUUGAUCCUAGACACUCACCUUGGAUCAGUUUUGCAUUUCUCUAACCAAUGGUUAAGGUUAAGACUGGGGAGGGGAAGCUGAUCCCAGACCUGUACCUUCGGGGAAACUUUACCCUGGAGCUUGCCUGGAUGUGUUGGGCUGAAAUCGUCUGGAUGUAAUGCUUGUUGGACAGACUGAUAGACAACCAGGAAAUAACCAGCCAGCCUGUUCAUUACUGUUCCGCUGUCAACAGGAGCCUAAACGUUUGGGAAGGACUCAAAGUGCCUGAUCCACUAUUUCCAUAUACAGGAUAAAAGUAUCAAAAAAACAAACAUUUCCAUUUUGUUUCCUGAUACAGUGUACCCACCUGGUCAAUCUGUCAUGGAAAGGUGUUCCUAAUGUUCUGUCCACUCAGUGUAUAUUCAGUGCAUUCGGAAAGCAUUCAGGACCCUUGACAUUUUGCUACGUUACCUUAUUCUAUAAUUGAUUAAAAUAUACAUUUUUCCUCAUCAAUCUACACACAAUACCCCAU